AUGGAUGCAACGAGUCCAGAUCAACCUAUUGCAAGGGGUUCCACGAUGAUACAUAACGCUAUUUCACCUCUCUCGCCAUCCUCACCAAAGCUGGAUUCUUCAGCUGAAAUCUUGCAACAGCUGCUAGAAAAUGGACAGAUCUCUCGAAAAUCCUAUGAACUAUUACUUAUGGCAAAUCAAGUUACUAUUCCCAAAUCAGCUGAUGCACCAGCUAGUAUAUCAAAAGCCAGUGCAUCUGCUCGUGCAAGCAUCGCAUCAGUCCGAACUGUCAUUAGAUUAAGUCAUGAUGAUCGUUGUAGACAAGAACUGGGAGGAGAAGGAGAGGAUGCAACUCCAAAAAUUGAGGUUCAAGAGACUUUUGAUUGGUUUCAUGAUGAUUUGGAUCUGGCUCCUACACCUUCCAAGAUUGCUAAGUCGAAACGAAGCUCCCCUCUCUGGAAAUGGAUCAAAUCAUGGCCUCUCUUUCCACAGACUAUACUCACUGUUCUGUUUGGCGGUAUCUUGAUUAUGAUUCCUGGCUCCUUGUCAAUCAUAUUCUGUGUCAAAGAUCGUGGUGAAUACUGGACACAUCAAACUCCAAAUUGCAUGGGUAUCGGUGGCUAUCCGUUCUUUGUGUUUGCUACCUAUUUCACUAUUCUGUGGGCGUUCUACUGGGGCGUUCGCUACGUUCUCAGAAUCCUGCCAGAAGUCUUGAUCAGACUUUCUGAUAUCUGCUUGGGAACCUCUGAUGAAGGUGAAACCAACGCGUUUGUCGAACACUUAAUGGAUUACUUGAGACAUAUGCGUAGAGCUAUUGCGUAUCUCUUGUUGAGUGUGAUCGGAUUGACAACCUUCACAACUAUAUUCACGGAACAUACUGAUAACACGAUCUAUUACAACUGGCAACAAGUCAUUACUUUGAUUUGGAGCUCGUUGGUUUGGUCUUGUUUCGUCUGGGUGUCUGAAAAGUUCCUGCUUCAAGUCUUUGCUGUCCAGUUCUCGAAAAGAGCAUUCUCGGAACGACUGGAAGCAGAAAAGUUUGCAUUCCAUGUCUUAGGUUGUUUGAAUCGAGCCCGCUAUCGCCCAAAUAGUGCUAUUGGAAUAAACAUGCCCAUGAAAUCUGAUCUCUCGGAUUCAAAUCAUUCUUCAGAACUUGAAUUGGCAGUCAAGGACUUAGAGAGUCAAGCUAGAAAGACCUUGUCUCGUGCUCGUAGGCCAGAUCCAUGGCUUGGUGCUGGAGGCUUCUCAAGAUUUCAACAAGGAGUUGGAAAGCACGCUGCACGAUUAGGAUUGAAUUUGAAGAAUGUUGCUGGUGUAGUUGUUGGGGUUGAGAGUGGUGAGACUGCUGGAGUACUGUUGAGGAGUUUGCAUGACGCCAAGAUGCUCUCCAAACGAAUCUUCUUGUCGCUACAACGUGGUUCAUCUGGCGUUUUGGUGCCAGAGGAUUUCAGACCAUUCUUCCUAACUCAAGAAGAUGCUCUGGCAGCUUUCAAACUGUUUGACAAGGACGACAAUGGUGAUAUAUCACCUCAAGAAAUGAAGGCUACCGUUGUUGAAAUCUAUCGAGAGCGUCUCAGUCUCGACAGGUCAAUCCGAGAUGGAAAUCAAGCAAUGCACAAACUGGAUGGACUUCUAAAAGUCUUUAUGUUUGCUCUGAUCCUCUUUAUCUGCUUGGGCAUAUGGGGUGUCAAUGUCACCAAUUUCCUCGCUGGAUUGAUAUCUCUUUGGGUUGGAAUUCUGUUUGCGAUUGGAACUACAAUCAAGAAUUUGCUCGAGUCUGUCGUGUUCUUGUUUUUGACGCAUCCUUAUGACGUUGGUGAUCGUGUUGAGAUUGAUGGCAAUGCGUUCAUUGUAAAGGAGUUUGCAUUGAGUGUGACGAUCUUUCGAACACCUGAUGGAAAAGAAGUCAUUGCUCCAAAUCCGCUCUUGCUUGGAAAAUUCAUAUACAACAUUCGUCGAUCUGGUGCACAGUCUGAGUCCGUGACUUUACACCUUGAUGGUGAUACCACUGAAAGUCAGCUUCAAGAAUUGAAGGAUCGUUUGAACGACUUCGCUCAGAAUUCAAGUCGUGACUUCAGUGGCAAUAUUAUUCCCACGAUCAGUCAAAUCAAUGCUGGCAAUGAACUUGUUAUAUCAAUUGGAAUCACACAUAAGGCAAACUGGAGCAACUUUGGCAACAAGGUGGUUCGCACCAAUCGCUUCAUGAUUGAAUUACGUAAGAUCUUGAAAGAUCUCAAGAUUGAAAUGUCCUCUUCUGCAUUGACCGUGAAGAUGGAUACAACACCUUCCUUUGACUCGAUUGUUGGUACUCAGCAACAACACGGGGAUCCACUUGGGGUCUAUCGUCGUUCUUCUGGCUGA